UUUUCAUUAGUCUGCAUAGAGUAAGAGGGAAUAUGAAUAAAGUAAUAUUUGUAUGUUUACUGACGUUUGGACCACUAUUGAGUUAUUCCGUCGAUCCUUCUCGUUUAUCUGUCUUCUGGAUUGUUUUAGUUUUGUCCUCUGAGCCCCCUCACAAAGAUGAAUCUAUGAUGAAUAAAACAGUAUGGGAAUCUAAGAUUUCCGAAGCACUUAAAAGUAGUAAAAUAUCGUACUCGGAAUACUUCGAUCCUGUUGAAAAUGUAAACAGCUCUGUCGUGGUUGACUACAUAGAGAGAGAUGAAUCUCGAUCAUAUUUGAAGAUAUUUUUCUACGUACAGAGAAAGAACGUCUUCCAACCUUCUCCUUCUAUUGUUUACCAGCUAAAUCAAAUACCGGGAGACUGGUUAGCAAUCUACUUGGGAAUGCCAAUCAUAGAAAGACCUAAAGUUUACGAUAUAGGCGCUUAUGAGAAAGAAGAUGAUUUUAUAUGGAUAAUUGGAAUAGUUGCAAUUUGUUUUCUUGGAAUAUUGCUGAUUUGUUGGUGCUUCAUAUUUCUAUACACAUUUUUCCUACAAGCUACUGCUAUGGCUAACUGGUUACCGAGACCGAUGAUUAGCAAUUCUAAACAAAUAUUUUACAAAACAGAGAAAUCACAAAGAGAAUUUAAAGAAAAGAAAGACUCACAAGUACAAACCGAAGAUCAGGAAUUUUCACAACCAAAAACAAGCAAAGCUGAAAAAUCGCUUCAAAAUAAAUCAGUAUGUGAUAGAACAAUGUUGGAUUCCGACUUAUCGGAAGCUCGACUUUCAACAGUUUCAGAAAUAAGUUUAGAAGAAUCAGUUAACCCAACUGUAAGUGAAUUAAAUGAAUCUGUUGUUCCCCUAUCUGAAACACAAGUUCUAUUACCAGAUGAAGAAGAUGGUAUUAUAAAUCAACAAUUAAAUGGAAUCAAAGUGAAUACGAAGAAUUUAAAGAAUGAAGUGAUUGAAGAAAAUGAAGGUGAUUUGCUACAGGCAUCUGAAAUUGAUAAAACGCUUACUUUUGGAUCGUUCGAUAAUGUAAUACCUUUUGUGAUGUCUGUUCCACCACGUCCAGAAGCGAUAAAAUUAGCGAAUUUAUUAAACUCUCAAAAAAUAACAGAAACGUAGAUGGAUCAAACUUGCUUUUUGUAUUAUUCAAUCAGAAAUUGAAAUGGAUCUAAAUGUCAUCAUGAUACCAAUAAAUAGGAUCUUAUUUAUGAUGAAAAACAAACAUUCAUGUUAUUUCUCAAUCUUUUUUUUUGAAAAAAAUUGUGUUUUUAUGAAUAAAACGAUAAACGUUUACGGUAUUUUACUCCUUAAGAUAAAUUAGAUUUGAUUGAUAGUUGAAGAAGUGAGUUUUCCUUUUUCAUUCUGUCAAGGUUUAUAGGUUGAAUUAUUGGGAGGGCGAAAGAGAGAGAGAAAGAGAGGGAAAGAAAAGCGUAAUCUUAAAAUUUUGUAGAUAUGUUUUCUUAAUAACAUGUUUUUAAUAGAUGUAGUAUAAAAUCUUUGUUUUCAGGAUUGUACAUAUUUAAUGAACCACGAAUCUCAUAUUUGUUCAAUCGUAAUCUGCAAGCUACUAGAAACUCAGCUUUUAAAGGCUACAAAGGACUGCGAAUUCAUGCGCAUGUAUUUUCUUGAAUUAUAUACAGGUAAAGUGUGUAAUUAUGUACAACGUGUUUAUCACUUGAUACAAAG